AUGGCCACUUUCUUGCGGCGGCCAGGCAAUCUCGCUCGAUACUCGAGGAGAGCAGCAGAGUGUGCGGCAUUUGCGACACGAAGCGCGAGACCACGUUUACCUCAGCAAUCUCAGUUAUCCGCGUUCAUAUCCGUACAUCGUUCGCGAACAUACGCCACAGUCAACCCUGGCGAGCCAGAGCCACCGAGUGAUAAUAGAAAAAAUGAGAAGAAUGAAUCUGGAGUAAAUAAGGAAUCGUCAGAUAAGCAAUUACCAGGCUCGAAUCACAAUGGCAACAAGACGCCUUCCUCCGAACCAACACCGCCGGCAAGCGGCGCGGAAUCGAAAACGCCGCAGUAUCGUGCUAGCAAGAAAGAAAUCGAGCAGAUUGAUAGAUUGAUUCUUUUGGCAAGGAAGCAUAGUCCGCCGUCGCAAUUAAAAUCAAUCGAAAAUGGCUUGGAGGACUUUAAGAAGAAUGGACUUCCGCCUGAGGUUAAGGAGCUAAUGGACACCUUAGAUCGACCAAAUGGCAUUUCCCUUGCGACGGCUUCGAAACUCUUUCUAGUACUCAGCAAAAAGGUGUUGAUGGAAGCUACGAAGAAUCGCGAGCUAAAAGACGAUUUUUUCGAGAGUUCUGGCGUAAAGCGAAAGACAAACGACGAACAGUCGAAAAAACAAGAGGAUGGUGAACCAAAAAGCCAGCAAAACCAGCAGAAUCAGCAAGGCCAGCAGUUUAAACCUUUUGAACUACGAACCGACGGUCUCAAUCUAGUAAUCGGUGCCUUUGUUUCGUAUUAUAUCUACCGCAGCCUCUUUCCUGGAGAUACAACGAGGGAUAUAACGUGGCAGGAAUUCAGAACUACAUUUUUUGAUAAGGGGCUUGUUGAGAAACUUACAGUUGUGAACCGUAAUAGAGUCCGCGUUGAGCUUCACCGUGAAGCGGUCGCAAGCAUGUACCCAGAUUCACCCGCCAGUCGACCCAACUUCUAUUACUACUUCUCCAUUGGAUCUGUCGAGUCGUUUGAAAGAAGGCUGGAUGAAGCACAGAGAGAACUUGGUAUACCUAGCUCUGAACGAAUACCCGUCUCAUACUCCGAUGAAAUUGCAUGGCUAGCCACCCUGAUGUCAUUUGGCCCAACAAUAUUGCUCAUUGGUUCUUUCUUUUGGCUCUCAAGGCGUGCGGCUGGCGGUGCAGGCGGACAAAGUGGUAUUUUUGGAAUUGGCAAAAGCCGGGCUCGACGAUUUAACCAUGAGACAGACAUCAAGACUAAAUUCGCUGACGUUGCUGGUAUGGAUGAAGCCAAGGUGGAAAUCAUGGAGUUUGUUAGCUUCUUGAAAAAGCCUGAACAAUUCCAAAGGCUAGGCGCUAAGAUUCCCCGCGGUGCUAUCCUCUCUGGCCCACCAGGUACCGGUAAGACACUACUAGCGAAGGCCACAGCCGGCGAGUCUGGCGUUCCAUUUUUCAGCGUCAGCGGUUCAGAGUUCGUGGAAAUGUUUGUUGGUGUUGGGCCAUCUCGUGUUCGUGAUCUUUUCGCAAACGCGCGAAAAAACACUCCUUGCAUAAUCUUCAUUGACGAAAUCGAUGCCAUUGGCAAGUCAAGAGCCAAACAAAAUUUCGGCGGUGGUAACGAUGAGCGGGAGAGCACCCUCAACCAGAUUCUGACAGAGAUGGAUGGAUUCAACACCUCAGAGCAGGUUGUUGUUCUUGCUGGUACCAACAGACCCGACGUUCUUGAUAAAGCCCUGAUGCGCCCUGGCCGAUUCGAUAGACAUAUUGCUAUUGAUCGGCCCACCAUGGAUGGUCGUAAGCAAAUUUUCGGUGUUCACUUAAAAAAGAUUGUUACGCAUGAGGAUAUGGAAUAUCUAAAGGGCAGACUUGCUGCUUUAACACCUGGGUUUUCUGGCGCCGACAUUGCUAACUGUGUGAACGAAGCUGCUUUAGUUGCUGCACGUGAACACGCAUCUAGUGUUGUCAUGAAGCAUUUUGAGCAAGCGAUUGAGAGAGUUGUUGGUGGCCUUGAGAAAAAAUCACUCGUCUUAUCACCAGAAGAAAAGCGGACUGUUGCUUAUCAUGAAGCUGGCCAUGCAAUCUGCGGCUGGUACUUCAAGUAUGCAGACCCGCUCCUGAAAGUAUCCAUUAUCCCUCGUGGUCAGGGAGCCCUAGGCUAUGCCCAAUACCUACCCGCCCAAGGUGAUACCUAUUUGAUGAAUGUUCACCAACUUAUGGACCGCAUGGCAAUGACUCUUGGCGGCCGUGUUAGCGAAGAACUUCAUUUUGACACUGUAACGAGCGGUGCGAGUGAUGAUUUUAACAAGGUCACUCGCCUAGCGACCGCUAUGGUUACCAAGUUUGGAAUGUCCUCAAAGAUCGGAUACCUGUAUUUUGAGGAAGACCAGCAACAGUUACACAAACCCUUCUCCGAAGAAACGGCCAGGAACAUCGAUCUUGAAGUCCGACGUAUCGUCGACGAAGCCUAUAAGCAAUGCCGUACCUUAUUAGAGUCAAAAAUGCCGGAAAUCCGUCUUGUCGCUGAGGAACUAUUGUCGAAAGAAGUUCUUUCUCGCGAUGAUCUUGUGCGCUUACUUGGUAAGCGGGAGUGGCCUGAGUCGGGAGAGUUUGCGAAGUAUUUUGAUGGAACAGAAGGCGGAGGAACGAUCGCUCCUCCCCCACCACCCACAGAAGGCCCAAAUAUGACCGAAAAGGGCUCGGAAAAUAGCCCUUCUUCAUGA